CUCUCUUUCUCAUUAACAAUUAUUAGCAAUACCGGUACAUUGUCAUCGGGGGAAAGUUCCUUCUAACGAGCAUGAAACCCCAAUGCCAAAAAUUGUGGGUGUCAAACGUGGAGCGAAAAGAUGAUCAAGCUUUUUCGCUAGCCCGCCCAUGCAUACUAGGUAUUCUCCCUAGUCUUCCUGACUCUCCGAUUCUCUUGGUAUAUCCCAUUAUAUGAACAAUAUGGGUACGAAAAUAUAUCUUUCAAGAUCCUUCAACAAUUGUUAAGAAAACAACAUUCCAAGAAUCACGAAUCACGUUCUGCAAUUCACUUUAUGGUAAUUAUAACCAUCAUUCAGUUUGCCGAAGGGUCUUUGCCCGGCGCAAAAACAUCCUGCGCGCCAUUUAAAAUAUGGCUUUAAAAGAAGUCGAUAAUUCCGUUCUAGUUUUCGCGGAUGAAGAAUGGAAUAACCUGGCCACAGAUGAUCAGCUCACGAGCGUCAUUAAUCAGGUGAAUCCAAACAUAUCUUAUGCAGAGACCAUUACCGACAAUUUACAAACAUUAUCAACUCAUAAUGCAGAUGCGAGCGGUGCAAUAGGUGGCUUUCUUUACGUGCCAGAUCUGGAUGAUCAACACACAUGCUACAACAUUUCAAAACAAUAUGUUCCUUCAAAUGCUACUCGACAAGCCAAUCUGCCCGCAACGGAUUUCACAUUGAUUGCGUUAGCACCUUGGAUCAGCAUAGAAUGUACAAAAGGCUAUUUAGCUGCAGCGCGACAAGACCCAAUACGAGCUUUCAUCUUCUAUCCACCAGAUAAUAGUACAAACCGACCACCACCAAUCAGCUCGGAUCAGUGGGCGCUUGAAGAUGGCGGAACAUGGAAGUCUAAAAACAAAUAUCCGGUGUACGCUGUUGCUGGAAGUGUUGGAGAGAGGAUGAUGCGCGAAAUAAGUCUAUAUUCCGGCAAUCUUACAGACGUACCAAACGGCCAUGAACUAUCCACGUUCCCAGGCAUUGACCCUCGAGACUAUGUACGAGUAUAUACGCAGCUUCGCGUGACUCAUGGCACAAAUCUCCCCAGCUUGUGGGAGUUUUUGUUGAUUAUUGUUGCUGUACUGGCCUUUAUGCUCGCAGUCACUUCCGGCUCUAUGCAUUAUCUCCAGAGAAGUCGAAGGCGGGCUUUAACAAGACGAGUGGAAGACGGGGAGGUAAAUUUGGAGGCAUUGGGUAUCAAGCGACUCACCGUUCCACAAGAGAUUAUCGAUCAGAUGCCUAUAUUUACUUAUCAUUUUGUUGGACAGACCCCUUUGGUGCAUCGAAGUUCAAGUACAGCCGAGGGGAUCCAUGCCGAUAAAAGCGUCUCCACGGAGGCGAAUGAGGUCUUAUUUUGCGAUGACUCUGCAUCCAAGGCGUUAUCACCAACUUUUAUCGUACCCAACUUGGGAAAUUCACCAGUUUCCAUCUCAGAUCCGGGAGAAAGAACUGUAGUAUUCUCCCAACCUACUUGUCCUGUUUGCUUUGAUGACUUUGAAAGUGGAAAUACAUGGAUUCGCGAGUUGCCGUGUGGUCACAUAUUUCAUCCAGAUUGUAUCGACCCUUUUCUUGGCAAUAACAGUUCAUUAUGCCCUAUGUGCAAAAAGAGUGUCUUACCUGUCGGGCAAUGCCCAAUAGAGAUCACCAACGCAAUGGUCAACAGGGAAAGGAAUAUGCGAAGAUUGAGAUCUCGUAUCACUAUAGCAGAGGAUAACCAUGAUAUUCAGGCUGGUCAUUCAAGGUUUCUUUCCCGAAUCUUAGGCACUAGUUUCAACGGGCGAAGGUUUGAUACUUCUACGGUCCCAACGAACAAUGUACAAAUGACAGUCGCAUCACCGAUCGCAACGAGACCGCCAUUUAUGACAAGUGCAGUACAUCCCCAAUCACAGACCAAUAGCGUAUUAGGAGUUGAGGUGAUACAAGACGGCCUUUCUCGGCAAGAGAGAGCCCAGCAACGGAUUCAGGAACUUACAGCACAACAGCCGUCGUUAGAAGACCCAGAUUUGGUCCAAAGGAGGAAUCGGUCGCUCUUCCGUCGCGCAUUUUCGAAAGCUUUCCCCGGCUAUUCUUAGGGGUCCAACUGUAAAUAUUAAUGAUUUGAUGAGCAUUUCGGCGUGGCAAGGUUUUUCUUGUCAAUCUCUGGCGUUUUAUACCAUGUAUGCAUUGUGCGUUUGAAGGACUAAAGGGAUCGAGGGCUGGUUAGGAAUUGGUGUUUUGGAAGAAAAUAUUGGCAAUGGAUUAAUUACUUGAAACUUGUUUGGAACACUGGCGUAUUAUAAGGAAAGCUGUUGAACCAGUCACAGCAGGGAGAGUCUUCAGAAGAAGCAUUUUUUCUCUCUUUUGAGAUGUACGAUAGAUUAGCCCAAAAGAACCGUUGUAAGGGAUACCACUAGCUAGGUAGGUACGAUAAUUCAAGAUUAGUUGUGCUAUGCA